AAAGUAGCUACAAUUGGUACAUUUUCGGAAUUACCAUUUCCUGUCAUUUUGAUAGGCAUUUCCUGUUGCGAAAUAGCUAGGUAGCGGUUCGUGGCAGUAAGCUAGCUGACGUUGGCUAAUUGGUAGCCUAGCUGGCUAGAUGAUGAAUUGUAGCAUACUUGGAAAUAAUCAUUAUUUGCUAAACGACAUUGAAUAUGGAAGGAUCGUGUAAUAUUGGCACGUUUUACCGGGGAUAUAUUACAACGGACAUAAUUUUUACAGGAUAACCUUAGCUACAUGAAAUGUCAUAACGUUAAGAUAGCCGCGGAGAUGGAGGGACCCACAACCCCCUGAAUAGCUGCACUGAUGGAGAAAUGUCCUCCUCCAAGAUGAGCAAGUCGAAUACUGCACAAGGUUUAGCGGAAUUAUAUUAGCGUCUAUCUUAUCUCUAUAGCUAUAUUAGUCUGUCAAGCAAAUGGGAGACUGGUUAUUCGGUCAUAGCUCAUAAUUGACAGCUAACGUUAGCUGCUGGUGAAGAAAUCACUGCUGUUUUUGGCAUCUGCAAACAACAAGACUGGCUUUGUCAGACAAACCUUAGGCCUUGUCCAGAAAACAAAGUUAAUUUGUGAAACUGACAUCGCUGGAAAUAAGGACAUUUGAGCUUUCUGCAUCGUCAUUUGAGCAUUCUGCGUCGUUUUGAUUGAAGUGAGGAUAAUAUUUCCUCACCAUCUGACUGAUAGUUAUCAUGAGGAAGUUCUUUGAUUCAUCUCGUCGGGAGUUGGUCAGUUCAGGACCUGGUUCUGGUGGAGGUAGCAGUGGAUCCAGCCAUGUAGGUGGCAAUUUAAUUGGACGUUCAUGUACCAUAGGGCGGCACCAAGUCACUAUUGAAGAAACAGUGGCCGAAGGGGGUUUUGCCAUCGUGUUCCUGGUACGAACCAGCCAAGGACUCCGCUGUGCCCUCAAGAGGAUGUAUGUCAACAAUGAGCACGACCUACAGGUGUGCAAGCGAGAGAUCCAGAUCAUGAAGGACCUGGUCGGCCAUAAGAACAUCGUUGGCUAUCUGGACUCUAGUAUCACCACUUGUGGAGGAGGAGAUGUGUGGGAAGUGCUCAUCCUCAUGGACUACUGUAAAGGGGGCCAGGUGGUGAACCUGAUGAACCAACGUCUGCAGACAGGCUUCACAGAGGCAGAGGUGCUGCAGAUCUUCUGUGACACAUGUGACGCAGUGUCUCGACUGCACCAGGGCAAGACACCCAUCAUCCACAGGGACCUCAAGGUGGAGAACAUCCUGUUACAUGAUAAAGGCCACUAUGUGCUGUGUGACUUUGGCAGCGCUACCAAUAAGUUCCAGAACCCACAGAUUGAAGGAGUGCCAAUAGUCGAUGAUGAAAUAAAAAAGUACACCACUCUGUCAUAUCGUGCCCCUGAGAUGGUAAACCUCUACAAUAGCAAGAUUAUCACUACUAAAGCUGACAUAUGGGCGAUGGGCUGUUUGCUGUAUAAGCUGUGCUACUUCACUCUACCCUUCGGGGAGAGUCAGGUGGCCAUCUGUGAUGCCAGCUUCACCAUUCCUGACAAUUCCCGCUACUCCUACAACCUGCACUGCCUCAUCCGGUACAUGCUGGAGCCCGACCCUGACAAAAGGCCUGACAUCUACCAGGUGUCCUACUUUGCUUUUAAAUUGGCUCGUCGCGACUGCCCUGUUCAGAAUGUGAAGAACUCUCCAAUUCCUGCUCAACUCCCUGAGCCAAUCAAAGCCAGUGAGGCAGCUGCAGCGAAGAAGAGCCAGAGCCAGACACAGAGUAAGGCCAGGUUGACAGAUCCUGUCCCCACCACUGAGACCUCCAUCACGCCACGGCAGAGGCCCAAAGCUGGCCAUGCCCAGCCCAGCACUGGCAUCCUGCCAAUUCAACCGGCUGCCCUCACCCCUCGCAAACGGGCCAAUCUCCCUGCCCUUCCUCUCGGAGUCAACUUAAACCUUGCCCAGCAAGCGGCAGCCCUCCAAUCACAGAAGGCACAGAUCACAGCUCUGCCUCAGCCAGUGACCGGCCGUUCACAGAACCCUCCUAGUCAGGCCACACUUCAGCUGGGUGGAAAGCCCCAAGCUGGUGCUCAGCAGAAGCAGCCAGGGCAACUGCAGCAGCAGCCAAUCGCGGCAGCAGUCACCGCAGCAGGGGGAGGAGUCCCACCUGUGCAGGCCAAGACGGAGGCCCCGAGCGCCCCACUACAGGCCGUGCCUCCCUCGCUGGCCAGUCCCACCCCCCAGAAGACCCAGGUCCCGUCUAGCCCAGCCCCACCCAAAGCCCCAGCACGUCGUAAGCAGGCCGGCCAGAGCCAGACCCAGCAGCAGCCAACCGCUCAGCCCACUCCAGUCCAACCUCCGGCUGCACAGCAGCCUACAGCUCAGCAGCAACCAGUUCCUCUACAACCAGUUCCUCUACAACCAGUGACCCAGCAGCCACCUGUCCAGGCCCAGUCCAUCCCUGCUAAAACCAGUCAGAACACAGCUGAGACAGAGACGACUUCUCUUCCUGCUCUGUCCAAGACUCCGCCCCACUCUCCAAAGGCUGCAGAGCACACCCCGAGUGACUUUACCCAGAAUUCGGUCGGUGGGCUACCUGGAAGUGACUCCACCCAGCCACUGCAAGAGGCCACAGCAGAAGAUGGCCUCAACCAGUUAAUAUCUGUUGGUACAAUUCCACCCAAUUCUACCCAGUCCCUUCAGCAGAGUAUGUGUGAACCAGCCCAGGAUGGCAACUUUGCUGCCUUUUCCCCUUCCCCUGCCUCUGCCCCUGGCCCUCUCAUCGGCUCCCUCAGUCAGCCCGCCUGGAACCCUUUUGGUGAUGAUGACUUCUCCAAUCUCAGUGCGGAGCAUCUGAUUAACAAGGACUUGGUUGACGAACAGGCUGAUGACGUGUCUGCAGGGGUGGAGACGGCCCCCAUAGAGGACCUGAUACCUGGCCUGCUGGAGGUCUCCUCCCCUGGGGAAACAGCCCACCAACCUGCUGUAGAGCAAUCUGAAGACCUCCUUGGCCUGGAUACAGGAGAGUCUUUGACUGUUCCGGUCCCGUUCAGCAUCCUAGCACUCUCAGACACUCCAGAGAAGCUUAUUGAGGGACUGAAGUCCCCAGAUACGCACCUCCUGCUCCCUGACCUCCUGUCCAUGGCUGAUCCUUUUAGUGGAACUAUGGAGGAGGCUGUCAAUGUAGUGGGUCCAAUAGAGGAGUCUCUGGUGAGUCUGGACUUUCUCAUCCCUGGUCUGGAAGCUCCUGUGUCCCAGUCUGAGACAGACUCUGCACUGCUUCCUGACCCCCUGCUUGGGGAAGACACUCUGCUGGGCUGCUCUCUCAUCUCUCCCCCCUCUGGAGCCUCCUCUCUCUCCUCUGUUCCCGCUUCCACUGGCACUGGGUCUGUUCUGGAUGAGUUUGACCUGGUAUCUGCGAGUUGCACCCAGCUGUUGGCAGACUCCUCUGAUCUCCUGAUCUCAGGCUUUGAGCCUGUGCCAAGUGCAGAUACGGGCAACGAGGAUGAGUUUGACCCCAUCCCUGUCAUGGGCUCCAAAACCUCCUCUCAAGACCUGCAGAGGGAACCUAGCAGCUGUGAGACACUACCAGGUUCUUCCAGGACCGACAGCUCUGGACCAGCUGUUGAAGAGGAGCACAGACAGAGACUUCCCUUUGCCCACAGCAGCAUCAUUCCCCCCUCACUGUACCCAGAUGAGACAAACUCUCACCCGUUGCUUUCUAAGUCCUCUGACCAGCCAAUCAAGCCUGGCCAGAAACAGUCCCAGUGUCUCUCACCUCCUACACAGCAGCACACAGUCCCCUCCCCUGAUAUCUUCCUGCAGGCCCCUUUCAGGAUUGCAGGGAAAGAAGGGAGAGAUGUGUUUACCAAUUCCCCUUUCCCUCUGGCCCACAAGCCUGCUCUGCCAUCUGAUCCUUUCCUCCAGGCCCCCUUUGGGAAGAGGAAUGAGAUAUCUGGGGCUGCUGUCUCUGUCUCCCACCCUCCACAGCCCAACAAACAGCCCCUCUGCCAGGUUCAGCCAAACACCCACCAUCCCCAUAGUCUUUUACAUCCCAGUGUCCAGGGGAAGGUCCUGUUCACACCUGUUGCUGCCCCUAGGCCCAUCAUCUGGCAGGCCCAGCCCAGGUACUCCCGGUGCUCAGAGGUCCCCCUACCCCAGCAGCCUGUCGCAGCCCACCGAGUGGUCUCCAGUGUGGGGCAGCAGGCUGCUGUGGGCUCGGUGGCUGUGGGCCCCCUGCACUCCUGGACCAUUGGAGGCAGAGCUAUAGUGGAUCCAUUCGUCAGGGCCCCCUUCCACCCCAGAUGCCAACAGGGAAAGCCUUGAUAUCUGGACCCCCCCUUCCCUCUCCCCAAAUUCAAAAUAUGGCCCUACACCAAAUGCCAAAGCUGGCCUCCAUCUAGUGCCUACACGUAAGGGGGAGGUUAUCAGCGGAAGUCUGUCCCAGGCCAGCCCUGCUCUUUCCCCCUGUGGGGGGCAUAACCCAGUCCCAGCAGCCCUCUUGUAAGUGUGCAAUCUAGAUUAAUCUGGCUCCCUCUGUUGAGGAUGUAAUAGGUAGACUGACUGUUUUUCUGUGCAAUUGCAGUAUUAAUCAUGACUCGCUCCACCUUGCCCAUAUUCAACUUGUUUUUUUACACGCUCGUUCUACCUCAGCUUUCUGAUUUGCCUUCAGAUGAAACACUGGUAGAUUGCGGCACUUCAUUUGCAUUUCAUGAGGAUUUCCAGGACACAUCAAACUGCUAAAACUAUAUUGAAAAUAAAGAUUGUCCAGGAUCGUUUCACUUUAAAAGUACUAAUGGCAAUCUACACUUUCUGAAUUUGAGAAAUCUCCCGUGUAAAAGGAAAAGAAGAACAAAGGAUUUUGUUUUAUUUGUUAAAGGUUUGUGUUUGUAUACUUACUGUAUAUAUAUAUUUUUUACAUUGUUUUCAACACCAUGUUAAUAAUAUACUAAUGUUGUGUAAAUCACAUUGGGUUUAUAUGGUUCGACUUGAUAUAAUAUGGUAGUUCUAAAUUACAUCAGUUGAGUAUUUGCCUGAUGAGCUGGUGACAUUUGACCUCUGUCAAACGUGUAUAUUCUCCCUCUAUUACUCCAUACUUUUUAACUGUUUUACGCAGUUUCCUUCUUCACAGGUCAACAGGUCUUUAAAUGUUUUAUAAAAAGACCUGUUGUCAACAGCAAGAGGAAAGGCUUAUCGUGAAGGAUACUUAGCUUUGGUCCAUAACCAUAGCAGGAGUCUCUAUGCUGUACUUGAAUGUCUUGGUAAGUUACUAUGGAUCAAAAUGCACUCUAACAUACAGUAAUGUUAUAUGGAGGCCAACAGAGAGCAGCUUGACACUGAGUAUUCCAAACAUUAGGAACACCUUCCUAAUAUUGAGUUGCAACUUUCUAGUUUUCCCUGUUAACACAAUCACUGUUUCCCUUUACUGUGGGAAUUGUGAUCAAAUCAACACAAUAUUAGCAACUUUCAAUGCAACAUCUCGAAACAAAACUAAAUAUGCAAAACUUAGUAUGCAAAACUAACUUUACAAGAGAUUUUGUUUGUUGGCAGAACGCAUCAGAGCAGGAUUCUAUUCCAUUGACAGGCACGACUCGGGCACAUACUCUACAUAGACCGGUGCGGCAUAACCAAUCAAAGCUGCAGUAGGCCUAUAUGCAAAUAGACCAUUGCCAUAUAUGUAUCUGUGCCAUUCCUUUGAACUGGACUGUGUUUACAGCAUCAGCGGUCAUGGGUAGAUGAACUUGUUUUGAUAUCAAAGUGAACACCACACAUUGGCUGCUAUUGUAGGCUGAAUGAUAGAACAGCUAUUUCCAUGUUAAAAUGUUCUGGGAUGCAUUUUCCCCAUUGUUUUGUAGGACUACAUUAUGAUCAAAUAGCCACAGUAGCCUACUUGACCACUGUUAAAACUAACUUCUAAAGCGGGUACAGUGUCAGUGUUCACAGAAAACGCGUGCCGGAAGUUGCACAGAAUAUACACAUUAAAGUUUGCGCUCAGCAGAAAUUUGCUCAAUGAUGAAACAUUUUUGAGAGAACAUUGAUGCUGGCCCAUGUUGACUCCAAUGCUUCCCACAGUUGUCAAGUUGGCUGGAUGUCCUUUGGGUGGUGGACAAUUCUUGAUACAUAUGGGAAACUGUUGUGUGAAAAGCCCAGCAGCAUUGCAGUUCUUGACACAAACCGGUGCACCUGGACCCUACUAUCAUAUCCUGUUCAAAGGCACUUAAAUAUUUUGUCUUGCCCAUUCACCCUCUGAAUGGCACACAUACACAAUCCAUGUCUCAAGGCUUAAAAAUCCUUCUUUAACCCGUCUCCUCCCCACUGAUUGAUGUGGAUUUAAUAUGUGACAUCAAUGAGGGAUCAUUGCUUUCACCUGGAAUCCCCUGGUCAGCCUGUGUCAUGGAAAGAGCAGAUGUUCCUAAUGUUUUGUACACUCAGUGUAUAUUGUACGCCUAUUUCCCUUUAAUGCAUAAUAACCUACUUACAGCAAUGAUUCUCAAACCUUUUCACCCUACAGACCAUAGGGAAAGUCUCUAUGUACCACCCAAAGGCAAAACAUUUAAUAAUAUGCCACAUAAUAUUGAUGACGUAAAUGAAAGACUUCCUUGUUGUGCCUUACAUUGCACUUCAGAUUAGGAACCUCUGACGUAUCAUUUUCCAAAUGUUCCACAUUCGAUGAAUACUGUAUGGAUGGCGCAUGUUGCCGUAUUUUUUUUCUCUCUCACUUUGUGUGCGUCAUUUGGACGAAUGCUGUACGGAUUUAAUAUGCUCUCCUGUUAUCUCUCUCACUCUGGAUGUGUGUCUAUUCCUGGUAUUGAUCUAUGAAGUUCCAUUCAUAGGAAGGGGGUGUUGAGGACAGCACAGCAGUCUGAUGCUCUCACCUGUGAUUACUGUUCAACAACACCCUCCCUGGUCAAUGCUUUGUUAACGUCCACACGGUGCUGUAAACAGAAUGAAGAAUUUUUCAUGAAAUGAUGUAGUAGGCUGCUUGUUUCUUAUUAUUCAGUCGCUUUACAUGUCUACCAAUCUGAUUAAACAUUCAUGUUAACAAUAUGCUUAUUUACACAUUUGUGAUUGUACUCACUGUCAAGUGGCAUUCUUACCACUAAUGACUCAAUUGUUUGGAUCCAGAGUGAUCGGUCAGAAGGGUAUUUUACCAAAUGUAGUCCUUCUACACCAUGGAAGUGAAGAGUCUUUUAUAUCUCUGAUUGCUUCAGACGUUCUCAGCAUCACCCUCACCAUGUAGGACAUUGCAACAGAAAUAGCGGUAGUAGAGUGAUCUACCUGUCUGUCACACAGAAGGAGUUGAUCCAGGGGCAGGCCAGAGGCUCAGCGCUCCCUUGGGUGUGUGAGUCUAGUGCCUAACCUUCUCUGCCAGGGCUCUAUGGCAUCAUAGUUGGCCUUUGCUUUUACUGCCUCCAGCCCCUCUGCCACCUAGUUUAGCUCGUUGCCGUUGGCGCUGUGAUUUGCCACAGGCAUGCCUAUAUGAGGUCACUCCCGACAGGAUUGUGUCUCUGUGUCCUAUAAUAGCUCAUUUAACCCCUUUUAAUUCCAUCAGUCACAAUAGUGGGGGGAAAAAGUUUGUACUUUACAGGCUCUAGAGAAGUUAACGUUGUACUUAUCAAAAAUAAGUAUUAUAUUAUGCAUUAUGAAUGUGUCUAGUGUGAUUCAGAGAUGUUUCAUACGAUUUUUCAAAAUGGUCACAAGAACACAAGCAUUCAUCUCCAAGGUGUACUUUUACAGAAACAUUUGGUACUAAAAGUCUGUAUUCAACUGUUUAAAAAAAACAAAUACAUUGUUGAAAUGUUCAAAUAU